AGACAACCCUAGCUCAAAUACUGCAAUAAAUUACAACAGCUGUACCAGCACUUUUAAUACCUGGAAAACAUGUCUGGAGGGGAUGUGCCGACCAAGAGAAAGGUCCUCAGCCAUGUCGAAUACCAACGCAUUUGCCUAUUCAUCAGCCGCUACCGUGGCCUGGCCAUCGACUGUGAGUACGAGCUGAGGAAUCGUAUCUUCCAGGACGUGGAUCCGAUGGCACUAACUUGCAUCCUGCAAUCGGAAGUCUUCAAUAGAUCACGCGGCCACCACUCGAAGAACGACCAGCGAGCCAAGAAACUGCUGAAAGCGUAUGAGUCACAGAAGGACCUGUACGAUGACGCCCUCCUCAUCCAGAUGUCCUGUGUGGAGUGUAUAAAUCCAGUGGCUCUCUGUCGGAUGCUGUUGCAGGAGAAGUACAAGAGCCGUCACCGGUCCCAAGUAUCCCGGCUUCUGAAGAACCCGCAUCUCAUCGACGAACCCCAUUUGGCGGCUUGUGUGCAGCAGUGCGUAAUCAGCGACAACCAGGAGGGGCCCAUCACGGACCUGCGGCGUCGCCUCAUCGGCGAGGAGUACGAAAUGAAGCUGAAGACAAUGGCCACGGAGGCAGGCAUCCACUUUUACGACGAGCGGGACCUACGACGCAUGGGGUUCGACAAGACUCCAGACAUAAAGAUGAUCCUUCCCUUCCUCUACAAAGGACAGGUCAUCAACUGGAUCGAGAGCAAGGCCAACUUUGGGGACACCAAAGGACACAAGUUCAACAUUCAGCAGCAACUGCAAAGCUACUGCAACCGUUUCGGUCCUGGCAUUAUCAUCUACUGGUUCGGAUACCACGAAGAUACGCCUCAACUGCCGGAAAACAACAUUGGAAUUACAGUACUUGCAGACUUUCCGGCCAAAGAAGAUUUAGUCUUCAUGCAACUCUCCUCAGAAGAGGCUCUCCCACUUAAAUCGAAUCCAUCUACAGAGGACAGUCCCAACACCUCUAAAAGCCCGUCUUAGGUUUGAAUAUGGGGAAUUGGUGGCUUUUACAGGGUAUACAUAUAUAGACUAAUUUUACACUAACCGUCAAAUCGUACAAGUACAGUAUAGGAACCUUAGACAGGAAUGCUUUGCAUUUAAAUUUUAGCUUUAGGAACAACAAAUAUGACAAUGCUGUUGCAGCAACAUGACGCAUGAUUUUAACAAGUUUUUC